UUUACGAAAAGCUGAUGCAAUAUUGCUGCAGUGAGAAGGUUUGGUGGCUCCCGAAAAUAAAUUAAACGUGCGCAAAGAUUGUUGAAAAGGAAUUUAAAAGUACCACAAGUGUGAGAGCAAAUCAUGGCGGAAGAUGAUGCGAUCUUUGACCCUUCCUUGAUGAAGAAAAAGAAGAAGAAGAAGACCCCGUUCGAUUUGGAUGCGAUGGCAGGGGCGACGGAGGAACCGACAGAGGCAGAAACGGUGGCACCAAGCGAGUCGAAACCUUUGGCCGACGGUGAAGACGACUUGGAUCUGGAGAACUUCAACAAGAAAAAGAAGAAGAAGAAGAAGCCGUUCAAUCUGGACGAGCUGGAAGGGGCUCUACCCACGGGUACCGGCGAGGGUGAUGCAGAUGCGAAGGAAAGCAAGGAGGAAGGCGAGGCCGGCGCUGAUGAUGGGCUGGACGAGGACUUUAAGUUAGAUUUUAGCAUGAAAAAGAAGAAAAAGAAGAAGAAGGAUCUUACGGAACUGAUGGAGCAGGAGCAGGUUGACGGACAGGACCCACUAGACGACGAGAAGGAAAAUGUGGAUGAAAAUGUUACUUCCUGGGCUGGAUCGGAUCGUGACUAUACGUACGAUGAGCUGCUCAACCGUGUGUUCGAGAUCAUCCUCGAUAAGAACCCGGAGAUGGCGGGCGGUAGGAAGCCUAAGUUUGUGAUGCGUCCGCCGCAGGUGUUACGCGUUGGCACGAAGAAGACGUCGUUCGCUAACUUUACCGAAAUCUGCAAGACGCUCCAUCGGCUACAGAAGCACGUGCUGGACUUUCUGCUGGCGGAAUUGGGUACGAGCGGAUCGGUCGACGGUAACAAUCAGCUCAUCAUCAAGGGUCGCUUCCAGCCCAAACAGAUCGAAAACGUGUUGCGAAGAUACAUCAAGGAGUACGUCACAUGUCACACCUGCCGCUCACCGGACACGAUCCUCCAGAAAGAUACCCGCCUGUUCUUCCUGCAGUGUGAAUCCUGCGGGUCCCGGUGUUCCGUCGCUAGUAUUAAAUCUGGUUUCCAGGCCGUCACCAGUAAACGUGCCGCCAUGCGUGCUAAGACAGCCUAGAUUCACGGUGUGGUUUAAUGACAAGCAUGGCAUUUUUGUGGAAUACCCCACAAGAAAUCGUCACACGUCGGUGUUCAUGGCUAGAGGGUAAACUGAGUUAAAAUGUAUCUUUCGCGGACCCUUUCCCAUUCUUGUCUAUUUUUUGUAAUACGGUGGGCGCACCGUUCAUCCAUCGUUAGUGGAUCGAUGAGUCGAGCUGACGAAUGUCCCCACAUCCAUAACUCUUCGAUUGGUAUAAAUUGCUAUGUCGUUCUUCAAUUGCAGAUUGUGUUAUGUACUUUUCCGCAGAGUUAUAAACAAUGCAAUGAAAUCUAAAACCGAUAAAGCGCGAUGAAAUAUUCCAUAUGAACGAACCAAUCAAGCCUGUUGUACUUCAAGGAAAAUAAAUGCUAACUAAAAUUU